AUGCAUGCGCUCCUCCUGUUCGCCCUGUGCGGGACUGCGCGCGCCAAUGUCUGGCCCAUGCCGGCCAAGUUUGCCAAUGGCAGCUCCGUCGCAACCGUCGACCCGGCGAAGAUGCAGCUCUUCGCGGACGGCAACGACACGGCCAUGGUCAAGGCCGAGCUCGCGGUCGCCUUCGAGCGCUUCCAGCGCAACGCCUUUCCGCACGCCGGCGCGAAGUCGAGCGCCGGCGCGGUCGGCGCCGUCGAAGUCACGGUCAAAGACGGCGCCGCGGAUCUGCAGCUGGGCGUGAGCGAGGCCUACGAGCUCGACGUGCCGGCGACGUUCUACUCGUCCGGCAGCGCCGUCGCGACGAUACAGGCCGACACGGUCUUCGGCGCCUACCGCGGCCUCGAGACGCUCAGCCAGCUCAUCCGCUUCGACUUUGGGUCGUCCUCCUACGUCGUCGACGGCGCGCCGAUCAAAAUCUCCGACGCGCCGCGGUUCCCGCACCGGGAGAUCCUCCUCGACUCCGCGCGCCACUACGAGCCCGUGCGCGUCAUCGAAGCCAUCCUCGACUCGCUCGCCUACGCCAAGUUGAAUACCCUGCAUUGGCACAUCUCCGACAGCCAAUCGUUCCCGUUCGUCGCGCCGUCCCAUCCCGAGCUCGCCGAGGCCGCCGCGUUCUCGCCCGGGGAGCGGUACACGGCGGGCGACGUCGCCGCCGUCGUCGCCUACGCGCGGUCCUUGGGAAUUCGAGUCGUCGUCGAGGUCGACACGCCGGGCCACGCCGCGUCGUUUUGCAAGUCGAACCCGGACGUCUGCCCGGCCCCCGACUGCCCCGAGCCACUCCUCCUUUCGAACAAGACCUUCGAGCUCAUCGGCGACAUCUUUGCGGACUUCGCCGCGGUGACGACGGACGAAAUUUUCCACCUCGGCGGCGACGAGGUCCGCUACGACUGCUGGAACAAGUCGGACGCCAUGAAGGCGUGGAUGGCGGCGGAGAAGCUCGCGACCUUCGACGACGCCUACGCCUACGCGGUCCAGCGCGUCGCGGCGGGCGUCAAGGCGGCCCAUGGUCGGGCGGCGAUCGUCUGGGGCGAGGCGUGGGACACGUUUGGCCCGUCGAUGCCCAAGAGCACUAUAUUCGACUUUUGGCUGGGCGGCGGCGUUUCCGCGCGCGGCGUCGCGAACGCGACGAGCCACGGCUAUCGCGUCCUUUGGAACGUCGGCCGCGGCUCGAACGUGGGCUCCUGGCGCGUCGCCCGGCGCGUACGAAAGCUUCGUAGGUAUCUGGACUCGCUGAUUACGACGUGGGAUACCAUGUACGCCCGCGACCCCUGCACAGGCCUCACGACGCAGCAGUGCGCGCUCGCGCGGCGCGCGACCGCCCCUCGGCGUCGCAGGUGGGGCGAGACGGCGGAUCCGUCGGAUAUCAUGCAAACGCUGUGGCCGCGCCUCGCGGCCAUCGCCGAGGUGCUCUGGUCGCCGCCGCACGGCGCGAACGCGACGGCGGCCGCGCUGCCGCGCCUCGAGGCGUUCCGCUGCGUCCUCGAGGAGCGCGGCGUCGCCGCGGCGCCCGUCUCGAACCCGCUCGCGCGCGCGGCGCCCGAGGGGCCCGGGAGCUGCCGCUCCCAGUGA